CGCGCACACGCACAGAAGUGAAUGACACUCAAAACCUUACUCUCUCUAGAACCGUGUUAAACCCAGACCGAACGAACUGCAGGAAGAUGGCACCAAUGUCUGCAAUUGCUAGGACUCGCCUUUUAUCCGUCAUCUCCAAGAAUAACCGACGAUUUUGUCGGGAAACUGCCUCAGAUCCUGCAAGAGAACCUAUUGUCUCCUCCGCUUCCGUCCUCACCGACCAACCUCCACCUCCCCCUCCCCCUCCGCCGCCGCCCUCCGCCGGUGCCGAGAAGAAACCGUGGAAUUUUCUCAAGUACACUCUCAUCGCUGCCCUCACUGGAGGUGUUGCCGCAGCUGGCUACGCCUCUUAUGCAUAUACGCUGGAUGAAGUCGAUCAGAAGACAAAGGCUUUGCAUGCACGUGCAAACUAUACCGUAGAGGAUGAUGCAUCUGCUCUUGAUAAAUUCCAAGCUUUGAUCUACUCUGGUGCAAUGACUGUGCCUGCUAAGUUAGCGGAACUUUACUUAGAUCUGAGGAAGCUGGCCGAGGAACAAGUUCGAGGUUAUACUGAACCAUCUUCAGAUAAGCUCCUACCAGAUUUGCACCCAAUGGAGCAGCAUGUUUUCACUCUUGUAUUGGACCUAAAUGAGACAUUAAUAUAUUCUGACUGGAAGCGUGACAGAGGCUGGCGAACAUUCAAAAGACCUGGAGUUGAUGCCUUUUUGGAACAUCUAGCCCAAUUUUAUGAAAUUGUAGUGUACUCUGACCAGCUGAAUAUGUAUGUUGAUCCGGUUGUUGACAGAUUGGACCCAAAGCACUGCAUACGGUAUAGACUAUCUAGGAGUGCAACUAGAUAUCAGGAUGGGAAGCAUUACAGAGAUCUCUCAAAGCUGAAUCGAGAUCCAGCUAAGAUUCUUUAUGUGAGUGGUCACGCGCUAGAAAGUAGUCUGCAGCCAGAAAACUCCGUACCAAUUAAACCAUGGACGCUUGAAGCAGAUGACACAGCACUUCUGGACCUUAUUCCAUUUCUGGAAUAUGUUGCUAAACAUAGGCCUGCGGACAUUAGACCUGUGCUGGCUUCAUAUCAGGGGCGUGAUAUUUCUAAAGAGUUCAUUGAGGGCUCUAAAGAGCACCAAAAGCGAAUGCAAGAACAGAAGCAGCACGGUCGUUUCUGGAGGCGAUGAUUCGAGGUAAAAGAACAGAUAAAUACAGACAAAAUAACUGUAAGCCAAUUUUGAGUAGGUAUUUUCAAGUGGAAUGAGAAUAGUCUCUACAUGUGUCCCCAGCAAUUGUUCUUCUGGUUGGCCCCAACAGCAUAACCUUAUGCUUCCCUGUGAUCUUUACUUAGUGAUGAAAACUUUAGCAUUUUUGCUAGAUAACAUGAUAGCUUGCAUUCUUUCUCUUCAUUUUGGUCCCACAACAUGAUACAUAACUUACUUGCCUUCUUUUCCCCAUCAUCCUUGUGAAUCAUCAUCUUCUUAUUCUGUCUAAAUUAAAU